AUGAUUAAAAACAAAGUCAAUGAAGAUGAUACUCUAAAGAAAGAAGUACAACCGACGCAAAAAAAUGCCUUGAAUUAUACUGAAGAAGAUUUCGACGACCAUGAUUCCGGUAUUCAUUCAAGUCAUCAAAGUAUUCAAACAGUUGCAAUUGAUGAGAAUGAUGCGGGUGCACAAUCUGAUUCUUCCUCGCUUACUGAUUUUACAAUACAAAAAACAAGUUCAAAAUAUGAACUCAGUACUUUCAGUUCACGUCCAACUUCAUCAUCUGCAAGCGUAGUAACAGCCGCCGCGUCUCAAGAAUCAACACCAGUCUCUACAAAACCAACAAAAAAGAAAUCAUCAGGUAAAAAUAUCACAAAAUUAUUUCGUAGAGUAUUUGGCUCAUCAACAACAUCAUCAUCAGCCAUACCACCAUCUUCGUCUACAUUAUCUACUUUUGAUCCUAAAACAAAUACAGCUUAUCGGCCCUUGUCGCCGUUAGUUGUCACACAUGGACCUGUAAGAUUACUUGUACUUCGGCAUGGUGAACGUUUAGAUCGUUAUUAUUCAUCACAAUGGUUACGUCAAGCAUUUGAUAAUGACGGAAAUUAUUGUCGUUUUUCUCCUAUUUUACCUGAGACAUUACCAUUACGACAAGCCAUAAAAGAUUUUGAUGCUGAUCCGCCAUUAACAUACAAAGGUUUGAAAGAUGCGUAUCAUACUGGUACAGUAUUGAGAGAAAAAAAUAUACAUAUUAAUUAUUGUUAUUCGUCUCCAUCCCUCCGUUGUAUACAAACAGCAGCAAAAAUGUUAGAAGGUUUACAAUUACAAAAUAAGAUGAAAAUAAGAAUUGAGCCUGGUCUAUUUGAAUGUACGGGAUGGUAUGUAAAUGAAACUACUGAUACUUUACAAAUGCCACGUUUUAUGACGAAAAAAGAGUUGAUUGAAAAUAAAUAUAAGAUUGAUAAGUCUUAUAAAGAACAGAUGAGUUUUUCAACAUUAUCAAGGUUAGAAGAUGAAUUAGAAUUUUAUGAGAGAAGUCACUUAGUAACAUCACAAAUAUUGAAAAUACAUGAAAAUGAAUUAAUACAACAAGUUCAGGAGGGUAUUGGUAGUGCAAGCACGAGUAGCCAUGUGUUAUUUAUAGCACAUGCCCCAUCACUUGAAACAACGACGAGAAAAUUAUGUGGUGGACAAUUUCGCCCAGAAACAUUGGGCCAUGUUAUUCGGAACGUUGAUUUUUUAACGAUGACCGUUAUAGAAAAAACUGAUAAUAAUUGUAGUAAAUGGAUAUUUCGUCGAAAUUCAUUCUAUGGCACCGAAGCACUACGUCAGACCAACGGUCCAGUAGAUGUGAAAUUAACAACGAUAAAUGCGCGUAUUUUUGAUUUAAAUAGAGACGAAAAAAUGACAACUAUACCAAUAGCAAAAAUGGUUAAUGAUUUGUUUCUUCAGUGGCUUUCACAAGAAGAUACAAGAAAGAAUUUAUUUGCCGGUUUACAAAUUGUUCGUACGGGUGGAAAACUUCCCGAGCCAAAUUAUUCAAAAAAUUGUCAUACGACAACAAAUCAUGGAGGUAAUUUUUCAAAAUCCCAGCAUUUCGAUUCACCUCCUGUAUCCCCAGUUCCACGCUCUGUACCAUGUCAAAUUGUACGCACAAGUACAUGUCUUUAUUUUAAUGUACGUAUUGAUCAAAAACGUCGUCGUUCAAUACAUUUUUGUGAACAAUGUCGAUAUUACGGUCGUUACUGUAAUGCUAUUCAUAAAGGCUUUUGCCGCCCUGUCUCAACACCUUUGGCUCGUAUAUCAAUAAGUCCAAAAAUACCUAAAUCUCACAUUAAUUUUGUAUUUGAAAAACGUUAUCCAGCUGAUAAAAUUCAACAACAUAUUCAACAUCAAAUAAGACAAAAAUUUACACAUCCAGAGGCCGUAUGGCCAUUAAGAUCUUCUAUCGGUAACAGUGCAAAUGGAACACUAAAUCAAACGUUGCCGCCACAACAUCGUUCAGCCGUCUUUAUACCAGAGGUGAGAAUUUACGAGUCCAGAGUCAUAUUUCUAACAGUUUCGAUCGAAAAAAACUCAUCACAAAUCGUGAAAUCAGUUCCGGUAUCUGGGAGUGGUGAUCAUCAGCAUAGCAUCACACGACCUAUUGAUAACAUCGGCACCAGAACACAUUCGCCUGCAUCCACUGCAUUAAAAGAUCAGUUGUCGUCUUCGCCUACUGUUUCUAUAUCUCCACGGGAUAAAGUUCAACAACAACAGCAACGAGCAUUAUCCCCAGCACGAUCAUCUUUACCGCACGAUGUGCAUUCAAUACUAUCACCACAGUCAGCAGUGAUAAAUACAACACGCCCAAAAGUAGUAAUACCAACAACAAAUAAUAAUAACAAUAGUGUUGCAUCACUUCGAGAUCGUUUCGUUGAUGUCCAUCGUGAACAACGACAAAUAUCAUCACCACGAUCAACUACAAAUUCAAAAUCACCGACAGCACAAACGACAAUUAACAGCAAGGAUAUUUCUAUUGAAAUUGUUAAAUCACAACAAACAUCUCAGUCUCUCACACAAAUAACAGUCGAUAAACAACAAGAACAAACACCAAUUACUAGUACAACAGAUAAGAUAAUUCAUAGUGAACGCAUAUUACUACCGCAAAAAGAAUCUACUAGUGGAACAAAAGAAACAGAUAUCAGUACAAGUUCAGAACAAAAACAAGAAGUAAAUGAAAAAACAUUAAUAAUACCACGUUUUUAUUUUCCAAAUGGGUUGAAUAUCGAAACAAAUACGACUGAUACUAUAACAAAACAAUUACAAAAAAUUAAAGAUGAAUUAUUUCAGAAGAAAAAUGAUAAAUUAUAUUUCGAAGAUUUUGGAGCAGUUGCACAGUUUCUUGGCCUUAGUUUAUAUUGGAAAGCACCCUUAUUUCGUGCUUGUGUACAAGAUCUGGCGAAUAUCAUAAAAAGUGUUACACCCAAUUAUGUUACCUACCAACAAUUUGAAACAUUUUGGACGAUGAUUUGUAAAGAGUACACGGAUAAUGCAUCAAAAUUCAUUCGUUUAAUGGCAUUAAAACCAAAUAUAAAUUACCUUGUUAUUGAUGAUUGGGAAUUUCUUAUACAAGAUAUUAUUGACACACAUCCUGGAUUAAAAUUUUUGCGUGAAGCAAAAGAAUUUCAUACUCGCUACGUUAUUGCUCGUAUUUAUUAUAAUGUAAAUCGGUCAUGGUCAAAUAGACUGACAGAAAAAGAGCUUCGUCGAAGUAAUUUUUUACAGAUGCUCGAUCGUAUUGAACAAGAAGAAGAUAUUAAUCGAAUACAUGAUUACUUUUCUUAUGAACAUUUUUAUGUUAUUUAUUGUAAAUUUUGGGAAUUAGAUAGUGAUCACGAUUUAUUUAUUAGUCGUGAUGAUCUUGCCAAACAUAAUAAUGGAGCUAUAUCAAACAAGAUGAUUGAUCGAAUAUUUUCUGGUGCUAUAUCAAAUAGUGAAAAUAUGAGAGAAGGAAAAAUGUCCUAUUACGAAUUUGUUUGGUUUCUUAUAUCGGAAGAAGAUAAACGUUCACCGACAAGUAUUGAAUUUUGGUUUCGUUGUAUGGAUCUGGAUGGUGAUGGUGUAUUAUCAAUGUUUGAGUUAGAUUAUUUUUAUCAAGAACAAGUACAUAAAAUGGAAACAUACGGAAUUGAAUAUAUGCCAUUUGAAGAUACCAUAUGUCAAAUGUUGGAUUUAGUUAAACCAGAAGAGGAAAAUAAAAUACGUCUAAAAGAUUUAAAACGUUGUAAAUUGACAAAUGUUUUCUUUGAUACAUUUUUUAACCUUGAAAAAUAUCUUGAUAAUGAACAAAAAGAUCCAUUUUCUAAUGUUAAGGAUCCAGAUUUACCCGAAGUAUCCGAUUGGAUUAAAUUUGCUGAAACUGAAUAUGACAAUCUUACACAUGAAGAUGGUGGAAAUGAAAACAUGGACGAUAUUAAUUACGAUGAGGAUUUCGAAGAAGAUGAUGGCGAUGGUAAUGGUCCGAGUCAUCUGGUUACCGGUAGUAAUAUUCGUAAUAUAGAUGGUCUGUCGAAUGCUGUCGGUACCAUAAAUUUGGUUGAAUCAAAAAAGCUAUUUACAAGUGCUAUAUCGUCACCGAUAAACAAUUUCAAUAAUACUGAUGAUUUAGAAGAAGAACUAAAACGUUGGAAACACUAG